AUGAAGAAAAUAGCUUCUUUUUGUGUCUUAAAUUAUUUUCUCUUUCUAGUAUCUGGAAACUCAAACGUUAUUCCUGAGAUAUCUACAAAAUUUCGAGUUGUAGAUACCAAAAUUGAAUGGGGAAGUGUAGCUGAAUAUUUGGUAAUAAUCAUGAACAAAAGUCAAAACAUGAAAGAAAAUGGCAAAUUAGAAUUAGCAGUUCUAUUGCUAAAUUUACCACCUUGGAUUAGAAUAUAUGAAGGAUUGAUAUCAACCAUAUCGAAGCAUUCAGAUGACAAGUUCAUUACAACUUCAAAUUCUUUUCCUAAUUUGCGACAAUAUUGGACUGCAGAUUUUGUGAUAAUAUUAACCACAAAUGAGUAUAUUAAUUACUCUAAUUUUGUGAAAAACUUUCUUCGUAUUAUGUAUGUCAACAAACAUACACGAUUCAUCGUUAUUGUGAGAUUGUGGUCUGUCAGAAAUCAAAUAAUUAGUUCUAUCUGGAGAGAAAUGGGUUUAAAUGGAUAUCGCAUUAUUUACAUUGUUUUCGAAAUCAGUGAUAGUAUUUUCAGCGUUUAUCGUACAGAAAUUACAAAUAAGCUGCAUGUUACUCUAAGCGAAAUCAAAAGUGACAAACAGAUGAUCAUAAAAGAUUCACAAGUUUACAGUGAAAAGCCAUACAUUAAAAUAAUAACGUAUGCCUCAUAUCCAACCACAUUCAUUAAGAAUAAUAAAGUCUACGGCAUAGAUGGAUAUUUUAUUGAUGAAUUCGUAAAAUGGCUCAACACUUCUUAUGUUAUUGUGCAUUCAUGGACAGCAAAACCUGAUAUUAAUGUUCUUAUCUCAAAAAUGCAAAACAACGUCGAUAUAUGUCUUUGUGCUGAUUUUUCAAUAUAUGAUAACUCUGUUGAAAGUGUUACACUUUUUGAAACUAAUGGUCUAUGUUUGCUUGUGCCACGUAACAUCUAUGUUAGCUCAUAUGAAAACUUGUCACUUCCAAUGGACCAGAUCACAUUAAUCAUGUCAAUUGCGUCUGCAAUUUCUUUAGUCAUUUGCUGGAAAAUGAUAUCAAGGCAUUCAGAUCAUCGAUUAACAACAUCCGAAAUGUUUCUUGCAGUUCUUCAGCUGUCAUUCUAUACUGGUGCACCUAAUUUGAUUCGAUUGAAUGUCAAGGAAAAGUUGCUGAUUUUCUCGUUCAUUUUUGGAUCUUUCUUCAUUUCAAAUUUGUAUGAGAGUUCAAUCUUAUCAUUCAUGAUGGCAGAACCGACAGUUAGAUCAGCAAAAGAUUUAGAGGAACUUAACAACAGUAACACAAAGUUUUAUUCAUUCUAUGAUGAUCAUACAGCUUUUCUUUCGAAAAUGCCUAUUAUGAGGAAGGAUUUGAUUCUAAACACGAUUGAUUUCAGCUCUUCAUAUUCACUUGAAUUACAAAAUAAUUUUGACUAGAAUCUGGUAUACUUGGUCACAUGUAGAUACGCUGAAAACUUUGAAAAAUCAUCAAGAAAUUAUCGCAACAAUCACAGAUUGUUUGACAUAAGAUUAUUAAGACAAGAUUAUCAAAGUUAUACAUUAAAGAAUGGAUUUCUUUUUUUCGAUGAAUUCUCAAAAUUCGUAUCAGCGACUCUAGAAUCAGGAA